UGCAUGUGCAAAAGGGCGAGAGGGCAAAGGGAAGAAUAAGAUUUGACUUGAUUUUAGACAGUGUGUGCGCAAAUAUUAGAAAGCGAAAGAAACGGAGAGAGAGAGAAACAGUAGCAAAAUUCAAUCAGAUCGAAUAUUAUCUUGAAGUCCGCAGCAACAGAGGACUCUCUCUCUCUACUUUCUCUCUCUAGAAAACAGGCUAACUCCACGGAACCCAACAGGGCCCCUUCUCUUCCACUGAAGACACAGCAGAAGAAGAAGAAGAAGAAGAAGAAACCCUAGAGAAGAAAGAAGCAACUCAACUCAGCUCCACUCACCAACGCAAUUCAAAUUCUAUUUCCAUUCCAUUCUGUGUUCUCUUUCUCACCACUGUUUUCUCUUCAAUUUCAAUUCCUGAGACUCAUGCUGAGAGCGUUUGAAGACGGCACAUUUCGAUGUUUGGGUUUGUUUUGGAGGCACAGUAAAAGCUUGGACUUUUGGGUUGAAAUGAAGCAUUGUGUGGGUUGAGAUUGAGAGAGUUUGUUUGUGGCAAUGUUUUAUGUACUUGGUUGUUGUGCUUAGUUCAGUGAUUGUUUUGAAAGGGCAGUGAUAGGGAAAGAAUGGUGCCUCCGGGGCCACCCACUCCGAUUGGUGGUGCCCAGUCUGUGUCGCCGUCUCUUUUGAGAUCAAAUUCGGGAAUGUUGGGGGGCCAAGGGGGCCCUGUGCCUCCACAGACUUCGUUCCCUUCCCUGGUUUCGCCGCGGAAUCAGUUUAACAACAUGAACAUCCUAGGUAAUAUGUCUAAUGUAACUUCCUUGCUGAAUCAGUCUUUCCCAAAUGGGAUUCCAAAUUCUGGGAUCUCUGGCCCUGGGAGUAGCCAGCGCAGUGGAGUUGUUGAUGCUGUGGCGGAAUCGGAUCCACUAUCUGGGGUUGGCAAUGGAAUGAGUUUUGGCAAUUCUUUGCAAUCGAAUUUGGUGAACCAUGGUUCAUCUGGUCAAGGUCAGGGUCAACAAUUUUCAAACGCUUCUGGUAACCAGUUGUUGCCAGAUCAACAGCAUUCCCAGCAACAUGAGCCUCUGAAUUUCCAACAUAGUCAGCAGUCAAUGCAUCAGUUCUCUGCUCCUCUGAACACUCAGCAGCAGCAGCAUUUUCAGUCGAUUCGUGGAGGGAUGGGUGGUGUUGGACAGGUGAAGUUGGAGCAGCAGGUAAACAAUGAUCAAUUUGGGCAGCAGCAGCAGUUGAGGAGCCUUGCUCAGGUAAAAUUGGAACCGCAACAACUACAAACAAUGAGAAAUAUGGCAACGGUAAAAAUGGAGCCCCAGCAUACUGAUCAGCAGUUUUUGCAUCAGCAACAACAGCAGCAACAGCAACAGCAACAGCAGCAGCAGCAGCAACAACUCCUUCACAUGUCCAGGCAAUCCUCUCAGGCUGCUGCUGCACAGAUGAAUCAUCUUUUGCAGCAGCAGAGGCUUGUGCAAUUCCAACAACAACAGCAGCAACUCUUGAAGGCAAUGCCUCAACAGCGUUCCCAGCUUCCACAGCAGUUUCAACAGCAGAAUAUGAAUAAGAAACCAGCAUAUGAACCUGGCAUGUGUGCUAGGCGGCUAAUGCAUUACAUGUAUCAGCAACAGCAUAGACCUGAAGAUAACAACAUCGAAUUCUGGAGGAAAUUUGUUGCUGAGUAUUUUGCCCCUAAUGCCAAAAAAAAGUGGUGUGUUUCCAUGUAUGGAAGUGGUAGACAAACUACUGGAGUUUUCCCCCAGGAUGUAUGGCACUGUGAAAUAUGUAACCGCAAACCUGGCCGUGGGUUUGAAGCGACUGCUGAGGUCCUUCCUAGGCUAUUCAAAAUAAAGUAUGAAAGCGGUACUUUGGAAGAGCUGCUUUAUGUUGACAUGCCUCGUGAAUAUCAUAAUUCCUCUGGCCAGAUUGUUCUAGAUUAUGCAAAAGCUAUACAAGAAAGCGUUUUUGAGCAACUUCGUGUUGUUCGUGAUGGUCAACUUCGAAUAGUUUUCUCUCCUGACCUGAAGAUAUGUUCUUGGGAAUUUUGUGCUCGGCGCCAUGAAGAGCUCAUCCCCAGAAGAUUGUUAAUACCUCAGGUUGGUCAGCUUGGAGCAGUUGCUCAAAAAUACCAGGCAUUUACUCAAAAUGCAACACCCAAUUUAUCCGUUCCAGAGUUACAAAACAAUUGCAAUAUGUUUGUUGCAUCAGCCCGUCAGUUGGCAAAGGCCUUAGAAGUUCCAUUGGUCAAUGAUUUAGGAUAUACAAAGAGAUAUGUACGGUGCCUCCAGAUAUCAGAAGUAGUAAAUAGCAUGAAAGAUUUGAUAGAUUAUAGCAGAGAAACAGAGACUGGACCUAUGGAAAGCUUAGCCAAAUUCCCUCGGAGAACAAGUGGUUCAUCUGGGCUUCAUAGUCAGGCACAGUCUGAAGAUCAAUUACAGCAGCAGUCACAGCCACAGCAGCAUAUGGUGGCCCGCACUUCAAAUGGUGAUCAAAACUCUCUGCAAAUUGCUUCAAGCAAUGGUGUGGCUAGUGUAAAUAACCCUGUCAAUUCAGCAUCUGCAUCAACCACCACAAGUACCAUUGUUGGACUUCUUCACCAGAAUUCAAUGAAUUCUAGACAAAGUUCAAUGAACAAUGCAAGCAGUCCUUAUGGAGGUAGUUCUGUUCAGAUUCCAUCCCCAGGUUCCUCCAGUAAUGUGCCACCAGCUCAACCAAAUGCAUCUCCUUUUCAAUCACCAACACUAUCGUCAUCUAACAACCCACAAACAUCUCACCCUGCCUUAAUUUCUGCAAAUCACAUGGGUAGAGCAAACUCACCAGCUAAUAUUUCCUUGCAACAACAGCAGACAUCUCUUUCUGGUGAAGCUGACCCUAGCGAUACUCAUAGCUCAGUCCAGAAAAUCAUUCAUGAGAUGAUGUCCUCACAGAUGAAUGGCACAGGUGGAAUGGCAGGUGCUGGUUCUCUUGGAAAUGAGAUGAAAAAUGUAAAUGGGAUUCUACCAGUGAGUACCAAUACAGGGCUCAACAGUGGCAAUGGCCUGGUGGGUAAUGGGGCAGUGAACAGUAAUUCGGGUGUUGGGGUUGGUGGUUAUGGCACAAUGGGUCUUGGUCCAUCUGGUAUGACCAAUGGAAUGAGACCUGUAAUAGGACAUAGUUCAAUCAUGCAUGGAAGGGGAGGAGGAAUGGCAUCUAUUGCUCGGGAUCAAGUUAUGAAUCAUCAACAGGAUUUGUCAAGCCAAAUACUUAGUGGGCUAGGAGCAGGAAAUGGUUUUAAUAAUCUUCAAUUUGAUUGGAAACCAUCUCCAUGAGAGCCUUUGUAAUCUUAUGGAUGUUGUGGUUCUUGGAUAGCUGCUUGUGCAGCAUGAGAAAUGCUUUAAUUGCCUUUGGCCCCCUUACGAUGGCAGAAUGCAGUCGGGUAGUGAUAGGUCUUUUGUACUAAUCUGUUAUUUUAUAUAUAUAUAUAUGGAAAAUGAAAAUUUGUUGGCUGGUUGUUUUGCCGUUGGGGCUGAAUUUUCUUUUGAAUUCAAAAUGUAACUUCUAAUUUUUGUACUAUUUUAAAUAUCUUUAUUGCGUUCACAAACUUAUCCUACAACAUGCAAGAAAGCUUUGGGCUGCCAACUGCAACUAAGUAGGAGCAAUAGCCGUGUGCGUCAACGGUGGACAAGUCUGGCACCAUGUUUGGUUUCAGUCCCAAGUAAAGUUUACAUUUCAAUUUGAGACCUCACUUGAGUGGCCAUGAAGACAUUGGAAACUGGGUUUUCUCUCCCGAAUGUGUAGCCAAAUUAACAUGGCGGGACAAAUUUUUUGAUCAGUAAUCUAAAUUGGAAAGUAAAUUGUAAUGGAACAUCGGUGAAAAGAAGGGACUGAAGAUUUUCCUCCGUGGGGAAUUUAUACAUUGUAAUCUUUACAAAAUGAAGAAAAAAGAUAUGGAUACAAAUACUAUUGUUGAAACCGUAAAAUGAAUGGUCCAUAAUUUAUGAUCAAGCUUUCCUUCCUUAUAACAUUUCGUUUUCCAG